AUGUUUCGCAACAACUACGACAACGAUUCCGUCACAUUCUCUCCGCAAGGAAGAAUAUUCCAGGUCGAAUAUGCAGGCGAGGCCGUGAAGCAGGGAUCUGUCGUCGUGGGCAUCACAAGCAAGACACACGCCGUCCUAGUAGCGAUCAAGAGAAAUGCCGAGGAGCUCUCCUCCUACCAAAAGAAGCUCUUCGCCGUAGACGAACACCUCGGCCUCGCCAUCGCCGGCCUGACCUCGGACGCCCGCGUCCUGUCCAACUUCAUGAAGCAGCAGUGCCUGUCGCAACGGCUGACCUACGACCGUGCCCUGCCCGUCGAGACCCUCGUCAGCCUCAUCGGCGAGAAGGCCCAGCUCAACACCCAGCACUACGGCAAGCGCCCCUACGGCGUCGGCCUGCUCGUCGCCGGCGUCGACGAGACCGGCCCCCACCUGUUCGAGUUCCAGCCCAGCGGCAUGACCCAGGAGAUGGUCGCCUGCGCCAUUGGCGCCAGAUCCCAGAUGGCCCGGACGUACCUCGAGAAGAACGCCGACAAGUUCCCCGACUGUGGCCGCGAGGAGCUGAUAAAGCACGGCCUGAGGGCCCUCAAGGAGACCUUGGUGCAGGACCGCGAGCUGACGGUCGAGAACACGAGUGUGGGCGUCGUGGGGCUGAAGGAGGCCGGCAAGCGGGGCAUCGACUUCUUCAAGGUGCACGAUGGCGCCGAGGUCAAGGACUGGAUCAACAGUGUAGGCGAUGAUGCCGAGGCCGCUGGUGAGACGGCCGAGGGCGAGGGUAUGCAGGUUGAUGAGUAG